AUGGGGCCCCCGGGCAAUAGGGGAUCAUGGGGCCCCUGUGUCCUUGCCCAAACUCAAAAAAGCCUAUGAAAAAGGUACCAUGGGCAUCUCAUGGGGCCCCCUACUGACCCCCCUCGGGCAGUUUCCAAAUGGUCAGUCCGCCCCUGGGGUGCACUUGUGAAUGAGCCCUUACCAGGGGGGGACUGACAACUCAUGGGGCCCCCGGGCAAUAGGGGAUCAAGGGGCCCCUGUGUCCUUGCCAACUCCCAAAAAAGCCUAUGAAAAAGCCAAUGAAAGGUACCAGGAGCAUCUCAUGGGGCCCCCUACUGACCCCGGGCUCUCGGGCAGUACCCGAGUGCUCAAAUGGUCAGUCCGCCCCUGGCCC